AUUACUCACGUCCAUAUAUGGAGCUGUUGCCAUGUGUUGCCAGGCGGUUGCCAUGGUAAUCAGGGCACCGGCUUCGAACAAUAAGAACUAGUAGCUGGCCGAAAUUUCUUGAUGAACUGAAACAAAUGUAGAAGUCUUUUUUUUUUUUUUUUAUUAAAUUAUUCGAAGGAUCUUAUUAUAAUAAAUAAGAUCAUUAAUAUAUAUAUACACUAAAAUGACAUGUUUAACAACACCCACUGGGCGCUGUGCGGACACCUUCAGAGGAGAUACCUGUAGAUCUUUCUAUUUUAAAAAACUAUUUAUCUUAUUUUCUUCUUCUUUUUGCUUUGAUUUACUGAACUAAGUUAAUUUAUUUGUCAUUAGAAUCCACCGGGUUUCGAGUAAAAACGUGUAACCUCCUGACCGCUGCUGUGACGUCAUGAGCAGAACGCUGUAGUAAAUACAUGUCCGUUUCCUAAAUGAUGUUUCUCUAUAAAACAGCAGUGUUAGUAUCUGCCAUUUCCUGAUCUUUUCAUUAUUAUCUUUAUCUGUAACCACUUUAUUAUUGUCAUAUACACAGAUCAGCCAAAACAUUAUGACCACCUCAAAUUCAUAUUCAAAUUUUAUAUGUCACACACAUAAUCGUACACAGUAUGAUAGGCAGUGAAAUGCUUAUACCACUGUUUUGACCCUUUUGAAAAAAUAGAUACAAAUAGAAUUAGGUAAGGUAUAAUAUGUAUAUAGAAUAUGUAUAAAAAUGUAAACAACUGUAAUAAAUAACAAACUUUAUAAAGUGUGUGAAGUGUGUAGACAGCAGCAGUACAGAGUGGUCAGGGAGUGAAAUGAAACGAUGUGCACAAUAGUCCUCUUUAUAUGUAAACAGAACCAGAAAUGUGGAACAUAUAUGUUUUAUGUAUUGUGUACUUCAGUCCUGUGCAAAUGUACGGUGUGGUUGGUUUGGUGUUCCAACACAUGCGUGAAGGAAACAUAACAAGUCCAAUCAGUUGAGUCCUAUGCAGAGUUCUGGUAGAGAGUCUGUAUAGCCUGCAGGAAGAAGCUCCUCCUCAGUCUCUCUGUCUUGGCCUUCAGGGUGCGGAAGCCUAAUAUUGUGCAUUGCUAGGCACCUGCCUAAUAUUGUGUUGGUUCCUGCUUUUGCUGCCCAAAACAGUCCUGACCCUUCAAGGCAUGGACUCCACUAGAUCCCUGAAGGUGUGCUGUGGUAUCUGGCACCAAGAUGUUAGCAGCAGAUCCUUUAAGUUGCAAGGUGGGGUUUAAACAUGGGUUUAAAGAAUACUUUUGAUAGAUACUGACCACUGCAGACCAGGAACACCCCCACAAGAGCUGCAGUUUUGGAGAUGCUCUGAUCCAGUGGUCUAGCCAUCACAAUUUGGCCCUUUUGGUCAAACUCUCUUCACUUGCUGCCUAAUAUAUCCCACCCACUAACAGGUGCCACGAUGAGGAGAUACUCAGUCUUAUUCACUUCACCUGGCACUGGUCAAAGUGUUAUGGCUGUUCAGUAUAGAAAUAUAUAUAUAGAUUCCCCUUGCUGUUAUAUGAAGCUCCACUCGUCUGGGCAGGUUUUCCCUGUAAGGCUACAAGAUCAGACCCUGUGGGUGGAUGAGGAGGUCUGGGGUGCAGGUUGGGGGUACAUACUUUUGGUCGUACAGUGUACAAAGAGAUUGGAAUCAAUAAAACACCAAUAAACAUAAAAACAAGACACAAUCUAUUUUUUAAUACUUAGGAAAUCUUAUUAAACAAACAAAGAAUAAUAAUAAUUAAAAUAUCAAGAUAAUUGAAGAAUUAAGAUUUCACAACACGUGUUUUCACGUCAGUCAGGAGUUCUUUGUGUCACUGCAAUGAAAUGUUUUCAGACAGCAGCCUGUACACCAGGAUCUGUAAAAAAAAAAGGGGGGGGGGCUGUAAAUCCUCAGUGCUUCAGCAGUCCUUUAGUAUCAGAGCUGACUCUUUCUGUCAUUACACCAUUUUUGUAAUACUUUGUUCAGCUUGUAGGAAUAUCUUUCAAAAUAAAUCAGUGAUUCCCAACCCGGACCACAGAGACUUCUUUAGCUGUAAUAACUCUGGCACUCUGAAACAGACUUCCAUUUUAUAUCAGAUCUGCAGACCCUGCGACACUGAAGCACAGGAAAAUUCUUCAGGAAGCAUUUUAAGUGAGUCAGGGUUCGACUGGGACCGGGAGCUGUUCCUGGGAACGCUGGGCAUGAGGCAGGAAUCUUGCACACUUUAUACCUGGGAGCAGUUUGAUGUUGAUAAUCCUACAGAGAUGUUUAAUAAUAAAAUAAUAUUCUUAAUAAUAAAACAAUAUAAAAUGUUGCUGCACAGUGUUGAAUAUUACAUGCAAUAUAAUAUUGAUUCGAAUGAAAUAAGGCAAUAUAUAAAUUGCUUAUUGAUUGAAAUUGAUCCUCAUAUAAUAUCUGAUGUGAUGUGAAAGAUUACUGAGAAUGAUGCACGAUUUUAAAGCCACAGUCUGUCUGGACUCUGUGUAGAGGUACAAGUAUGUUUCAUAAAAUUGUAAUUAUUCAUGCGAUAUGCAGUUCGACCACUAGAGGGCGAAAUUGUGUUUAAUUCAAACUGAAUAGCAUUACGCGAUAAGUUACAACUUAUAAUUCAUUAAGAAACAUAUAUAUAUAUAUAUAUAUAUAUGUGUGUGUGUGUGUGUGUGUUACAAUUUCCAAACUGUGCCAUAAUUUUGGUGAAUUAUUUGUAACCAUGUAAAUUCGUUAAGUAAAUAAAUAAAUAAAGCGGUAGAUAAGUUUUCCCUCCAGCCGCUAGAGGUCGCGCUUUCGCUUAACAUUAGCAGAAGGCUGUGUUUCAAAUCCAACACUGUUGACUGUAUAGUGCACUUGGUUUUCAAAGUAUAAAUUCAAAUUUUAUUUGUCACAUACGAAAUCAUACACAGUACGACAUGUAGUGAAAUGCUUUUUACGACUGUCCUACAUUUGAAGAAAGAAUUUAAAGUGUGUGGACACAUUUUCUGUACUACAGGUUUGGACACUACUCACUGCAGUGCAUUUUAAGAUUCUGUAUGUCCAGUUUCGGAUUAUGCUUUGAGACGCUUAAAUAGCGCACUAUGUAGGGACUAGUGUGUGUGUGUGUGUGAUUUAGGACACGACCCUACCUAGCGAUUUCCGUAUCCGUAUUUUGACCCUACCUCGCGCGCAUGGAUUGGAUUGGCUAAUUUAAUUCAACGGUGCGGUUUAACCUGUAGGUACUGGAUAGAAACAUAAAUAUAAGUCGUGUUUUAUAACAGAGGUUGUAUUAAUCAGUGAACCUGUCAGUGAACCUGUGUGUGAUGAGAGCAUUGCGCGUGAGGUUAAGGGUGUCUCGAGCGAUAAUUCAGCUCAAUCAUUAAUCCUCCUUUUUCUAUCUGUAAUAAAUAUUAAUUGUGUGGUGGUCAGCAUGGCGCUCGUGCCGUAUGAUGAAAACAUCGUGCCCUCUCUGGUCAAGCUCCACUCGUCUUCUGCUGAGUUCCGGUUCGCUGAGCAACGCAUCCGAUUGGCUCAGGACUGGAGAGGAGGGGGCGUGGCCGCCGUCGUGUGGGACGCGGCGGUGGUCAUGUGCAUGUACCUGGAGCUCGGACACGUGGACCUGAAGAACAGAACCGCCAUCGAGCUCGGUGCUGGUACUGGACUGGUGGGAAUCGUCGCUGCGCUGCUCGGAGCUGAUGUAACGAUCACGGACCGGAGCCCAGCCCUGGAGUUCUUGGAGUCUAACGUGAGGGAGAACGUUCCUCCACCCCUGCAGGGGGCCGUGCGAGUUUCCGAGCUCACGUGGGGAGAAGGAUUAGCACGCUAUCGCUCCGGUGGCUACGACCUCGUCCUGGGAGCGGACAUCGUGUACCUGGAGGAGACGUUCUCCGCGCUGCUGCUCACCUUGGAACACCUGAGCUCGGAGAAGACGGAGGUCCUGCUGGCGUGCCGGAUCCGUUACGAGCGAGACGAGCGCUUCCUGAGCAUGCUGGAAAAUCGGUUCUCGGUGCAGGAGGUUUACUACGAUUCCCAGAGGGACGUUCACAUCUACAGAGCCGUGAAAAAUAAGACGAAGACCGAGUUCUGAGGAGCGGACUGAACUGCCUGAGAACAUUUUAUCACUGUGCCUGUUGAUAAAGAAACCUUUGUUAUUAAAAAAAUCAUUGGUAGCUCAGAGAUUCUUUGUGUCUUAUCAGGUGGACAUAAAAUAUGAACAUUACACAUAAUAAUUAGUUAUAUGUUUAUAGAUAACACCAAAUCAAACGUCUCAGUUUUCAGAGGCUGUUAUCUCGCGUGCUCCAGGAUCAAUUGGCAGUGUUUUAAACCAACAGAAGCUAAAUUACUUAAAAAUCAACAUUGGAGCUAGCUAGUUAAGCGCUGAAAUAAAUCCCCAGUGUCCCAGAGCUUCAUUCACUCUUUACUGUUUCUAUCACUUUCAGGACAGCUGAAUUUUAUUCCGCGGAGUUUAUUGCUCUCUUUUUCCGAGAAUAGCAGCUUUACUUUAAUCUCUCAGUUUACGUUACAGUCCACAAGAUUUUAUUUUAUAACACAUUCUAAUUUUCCUUUUGGGAGCUUUACAGAGUUUUACCUUUAUUUUUAUACAUUUAAUUAAAAUAUUAAAAACGAAUGAACUAAACAUUCCUUGACAUUGCCAUUCAGUGCAUCAGGAUAAAUAACAAUAUCCAUCUGUCCAUCUGUGUAUAAAAAUGUCAUCAAUGCAUUUUUAAAGAAAGAUUGGUGAAAAAUAGGAAUUUUCUGUUUGUGAUAGCCCACAAUAUGACCAAAGAUCUGAAGUAAAGCAGUAGAAAGGGUCUGGUUUGAUUAGUGAACACUAGUUAGGGAUGAAUUCCCAGCCUCAGGAAUAAGGCACUUCUCAAACUCUUCUGAUUACUGACACGAGCCAUUAAAGCUUCUUAAGAGUGCAGAAGGACCUGAUGCAGAGGCGACCGUCUCUUCUUGUCAGUGACGAGGCUGUUUGUGUGUUCGAUGAAACCAGCAGUAAGAAGCAUGAACUAACACCCAGCAGCAUCAUGGCUGUACGUCAGCACUCCAUAAGGGUGUUUGAGACAGCACCUUGCUCAAUUCCGCUUUCAUGCAUCAUAUAGCACAGUGCAUUAGACAGCAAAGUGUGUGUGUGUGUGUGUGGAAGGAAGUCCGCUUUGGAGAAGAUGGACACGGAGACGGUCGUUAAAGACAGUGAAUUUGUAUUUGUUGAGCUUUUAACAGGCUUUUAGUCGGCCAUCUUCUGACUUUGAUGAGAACUGAUUUUUACAUCGGAUCGACUUUCCUUUACUCUCCGAGAGGAAAAUAACAAGCGACGCCUGUUUGCUUCUCACAUUUUAUAGUCAACAACCUUGGCAAAAACAUGUCUCACCCUUCAUAGUGUACUGUGUGAAGGUUUACAGACACCUGACUACAUCAGAAAGAGAAACUAGCUCAUCCUUUAUGAUCACCCUAUGAUCAUCUUUUACACAGAAUUCGACCUGCUAAACUGAGCCCUAGUUUAUUUUGUGUGUGAAUUUUUUCUGUUGCCAUCUGGAAAUGAGGAACAGGCCAGUGAAAAAAUGGCUAGCGCUUUAAACAUGCACAAUUUUCCAUUUUUCUGAAAUCUAUUACUUCCAGUGCUAGCACGCUGCUAACGUUAGCUUUUGUGUAAAUUUCUAAACUCGAAACCCUCUAACAUCUAAAACCGUGUCUUCAGUGACGUCUGUCGGUUCAGGCCGAUGUGAAUGUUGUCGUUUAUAAACACAAACUAAACUUCACAGUGUAGCUCAACAACGGAGCGUUAUUUACAGAGGCGGCCAUUUUGGAUAUCCGGAAUUUUCCCAAGUGUAAUUUAGAUUAUUUUGUUUACAUAGUGUGAAGAAUUCAAUUCAAUUUGAUUUGUAUAGCACUUUGAACAAUGAACAUUGUAUCAAAGCAGCUUUACAGAACAUAGGAAACAAAAAAAACAGUGCAAAAGUCCUAGAUGUUAGACAAAGUCAUCCCUAAUGAGUGAGCCUGAGGAGACUAUGGCAAGGAAAAUCUCCCUUAGAUGGUCCCUUAGGAACCAGACUCCAGAGGAUUUACACCUUAAACACAAACAUCUACAUUACUUACAUCGAAUCUAACAUUAAACACCAAACACGUCUUCGCUGACUGAAAACUUUGAUAAACACAACCUUUAUAAGUCACUGGUUCGAUUGACAAUGUCCUCGGAAUGAGACAGAAUCUCAAGUCCAUUCAUUUUCAUGGAACUUGGAGCUAGUUUAGCUUUAAAGGGUCGAAAUAAAAUCUAAAUUUAUCCCUUAAAGUGUCACUAAAUGUUACUAGCUUUGCAUUUCUUUCUAAAACCUAAUCUGGAUCUACAUCUUUACCCUUAAUCCAUCUGUAACUAUACAGUUACUAUACAGUGAUUGCUUGGAUUAUGGUAUCAUUUAGUAGCAUCACAGAUGUGGCUUCUACAUGGGUGUUAGAGAAAGUUCUCCGGGAACAAAUUUAAACACAACCCUCAAACCCAUGGCAGCAGAGCGCACAUGAGGUGAGUUACAAACCCUUUAAAAAGCAGCCGAGUGAACUGGACUUUGAGCUAAGAAAAGGGGUGGGUCUAAACCCCAUAACAUCAUGUUCGAUGACAUUACAACUGAUAUGGCCUUUGA